CACCCAGGCCCACCAAUGCCCCGGCUCCCAGCGGCGGGCCUUUACCUCUCGUCCGGUUCCCGGCGCCUAGCUCGUUAUCAUUCCCUAACCCCGGCUCCCGGGCUCCGCCCUCCUCACGGCACCCAGGCCCACCAUUGCCCCGGCUCCCGGCGGCGGGCCAUCACCGCUCGUCCAGUUUCCGACGACCGGGACCGUUAUCGUUCCCGGACCCCGGCUUCCAGGCCCCGCCCUCCGCCAUCCUCCAAGCACCUGGGCCCACCAUUGCCCCCGGCUCCAGGGCUCUGCCGUCCUCCCGACACCCGGUCCCACCAUUGCCCUGACUCCCGGCGACAGGCCUUCACCUCUCUCCCGGUUCCCGGCGCCCGGGCCCGUUAUCGUUCCCGGACCCCGGCUCCCGGGCCCGUUAUCGUUCUCGGACCCCGGCACCCGGGCCCACCAUUUUCUUGGCAGCGGCGAGCCUUCACCUCUCGUCCGGUUCCCGAAGGUCGGGCCCGUUAUCAUUCUCGGACUCUGCCUCCCGGGCUCUGCUCUACUCCCGGCACCCGGGCGCACCAUUUCCCUGUCUCCCGGCGGCGGGCCUUCACCUCUCGUCCGGUUCCCGGAUCACAGGCCCGUUAUAAUUCACAGCUCUCGGGCUCCGCCCUCCUCUCGACAUCCGGGCCCACAAUUUCACCGGCUCCCGGCAGCAAGCCCUCACCUCUAGUCUGUUAUCGUUCUCAGACCCCUGCACCCGAGCCCACCAUUUUCCUGGCAGCGGCGAGCCUUCACCUCUCGUCCGGUUCCCGAAGGCCUAGUCCGUCAUCAUUCUCGGACUCUGCCUCUCGCCCCGGGCCCAUCAUCAUUCUCGUCCGGUUCUCGACAUCCGGGCCCACCAUUUCCCCGGCUCCCGGCAGCAGGCCUUCACCUCUAGUCCGGUUCCCGGCGCCUAGGCCCGUUAUCGUUCCCGGACCCCGACUCCAGGAAUCUGUCCUCCUCCCGGCACCUGAGAACACCAUUGCCCCGGCUCCCAAUGGCGGGCAUUCACCUCUCGUCCGGUUCCCGGAGCCUGGGCCCGUUAUCGUUCCUGGCUCCCGUGCUCCGCCCUCUUUCCAGAAACCGGGCUCACCAUUGUCCCAGCUUCCGGCAACAAGCCUUCACCUCUAGUCCGGAAACUCGGGCCCACCAUUGCCUUGGCUUCUAGCGGCGGGCCUUCACCUCUCGUUCGGUUCCCAACGCCCGAGCUCGUUAUCGUUCUCGGACCCUGGCUCCCGGGCUCCGUCUUCCUCGCGGCACACCAACCCACCAUUGCCUCGGCUCCCGAUGGCGGGCCUUCACCUCCCGUCCGGUUCCCGGCGCCCCGUCCCUUUUUUAUUCCCGGUACCCGGGCCCACCAUUCGCCCGGCCCCCGGCACCAGGCAUUCAUCUCUAGUCCGAUUCCUGAGGCCUAGGCCCGUUACCGUUUCGGGACCU